AUUGUGAUUACAUUUCCUUUUCCUCAACAGAAACCACAACAACAUCAGAGACGACCACCACAACCGGUUCUACUGCCAGCUCCACAACUGGAAUAACUACAACAACAGAGACCACGACCACACCGAGUACUACUGCCAGUUCAACAACUGAAACAACUACAAUAACAGAGACUACCAUCACACCAAGUACUACUGUUAGUUCCACACCUGAAACUACAGCAACAACAGAGACUACUACCAGAUCAAGUACUACUGCCAGUUCCACAACUGGAACAACCAUAAUAACAGAGACGACCACCAGAAUUAGUUCUACUGCUAGCUCCACAGCUG